AUGGCUUUCCAUCAUGCUAGCAUCACGAAGCGAAAAAGUGUGACCGUCCCCGGCGCCCAUACAAAUUGCCGCGAGGUUUGUUCGAGGGUCAUUGUCUCAGCCUUCUUGAAACGCCUGUUGAAGGACUGCGCCGCGGGGGAGCCAGUACAAGAGGACGCGAGUUCGUCUCCGACCACAAGAUGGGCCCAGAUCCCACUGUGCACAUCCCUGCAACUGAUCGUCUGCAUGUCAACAUCGCAGUCUCCGUCGGAGCAAAUACCCGAUGACUCGGAAGGGAGUGGCGUCGGCUCGACCGGGGUGUCAGCGCUGGCGAACCUGGACUCCCGAGGCGGGCGGCUGAGCUGGCCGAUCGGAGGAUAG